UUCGCCGUCGUGUACGCACGCCGCCGCCGCCGCGCACCGGUCUCCCCGGUCGGGUCUACUAACCUAACCCGGUGGCCCGCGGGUCAGUUCACUCCGAUCUGGGAUCGCGGCCGCCAGGUCUCCGAAAGGUCAAAAAUCCGAAACGAUCGUCGUCGUAAGCGUCGUCCGUGCCGCCACAUUACGCGCGUGGGAAUUUUAUAUUUUAUCGUUCGAAAUCUAUUUUUUUGUUUUUAUUUUUUGUGCGUCUUUAAUCGGUACCAGACGAGACGAAAAAUAAUCGUUAACAAUAUCGGGUAAUUUUUUUUUUUUUUCUACUCUGUGCCGUAUCGGAAAAAUAAUAUUCGUCGAUUUUAUAUGUGUUAUUGGUAAGAAAAAUAAUUUAAAAAAACGUUUGUUCAGUGUUUUUACGCCGCGGACUGUAUAACAGUUCGGCCGAACAGCGAGAUCUCGCGCUGCGGCACCUGGCGGUUUACCGGUAAGCGACCGGCGCCACCACUGCCGCGAAGUCGGGCCAUCAGCCCGACAGUCUCAGCGGAAGCUCAGGUUCACACCGGCAAGCACCAUUAUUAUUCCGCAUAACGGCCUCGCGGUGUGUCGCGCGGCGGUAGGCGGACUAUGCACAGUGUCCGGUGGCGGCGGUCCCGGCAUGACCGGCGUCGGCGGCCCGACCGGCGGUUCGGCCGCGCCGCCGUCGCAUCAGGGCCCGCCGCACGGUGGGCCGCCGGACCUGCUGACCAGUGGCCACCACCACGAUCUCGGCGGAUUCACCCGGAGCAUGGCGUUGGUGACGCCGGCGUGGCGCGACCCGCCCGGCGGUGGCGGCCACCAUCUGGACGAGCCGCAGCAGAGCACCACGCCGGGAACGGCCAGCUCGCAGUCCGGCGGAUCGCUGGUCACGCUCGGCGGACAGUGCGACAAGAACGGACAGAACAUCGAAUGCGUCGUGUGCGGUGACAAGAGCAGCGGUAAACACUACGGACAAUUCACUUGCGAAGGCUGUAAAAGUUUUUUCAAAAGGAGCGUCCGCCGGAAUCUCACGUACUCGUGCAGGGGCAGCCGGAACUGUCCCAUCGACCAACACCACCGGAACCAAUGUCAGUACUGUCGGCUGAAAAAGUGUCUGAAAAUGGGCAUGCGCAGAGAAGCCGUGCAGAGAGGUCGAGUUCCGGCCAGCCAACCUCCCGGGCUCACAGGACUUCCCGGUCAGCUGUGCUUGGCCAACGGCGAGGCAGCCGCGGCCGCGGCAGCUGCCGUCGGAGCUGUAGGACUCAACGGUCACUCGUACCUGUCCUCCUAUAUAUCGCUGCUGCUGCGCGCCGAACCGUACCCGACGUCUAGGUACGGCCAGUGUAUGCAACCGAACAACAUCAUGGGCAUAGACAACAUUUGCGAGCUCGCGGCCAGGUUACUGUUUAGCGCCGUCGAAUGGGCUCGAAACAUACCCUUCUUCCCAGACCUGCAGGUGACUGACCAAGUGGCCUUGCUGAGGCUCGUCUGGAGUGAACUGUUUGUACUGAACGCGUCACAGUGUUCGAUGCCACUGCACGUUGCCCCACUAUUGGCCGCAGCCGGGCUGCAUGCGUCUCCGAUGGCCGCGGAUCGUGUGGUUGCUUUCAUGGACCACAUACGUAUAUUCCAAGAACAGGUGGAGAAACUCAAAGCCCUUCACGUAGACGCCGCUGAGUACAGUUGUCUGAAAGCCAUCGUCCUGUUCACCACCGACGCGUGCGGGUUGUCGGACGUGGCGCACAUCGAGUCGCUGCAGGAAAAGUCGCAGUGCGCGCUCGAGGAGUACUGCCGGACGCAGUACCCCAACCAGCCGAUCCGGUUCGGCAAGCUGCUGCUCAGGCUGCCGUCCCUGCGCACGGUCAGCUCGCAAGUCAUCGAACAGCUCUUCUUCGUCCGGCUGGUGGGCAAGACGCCCAUCGAGACGCUCAUCCGGGACAUGCUGCUCAGCGGCAGCAGCUUCAGCUGGCCGUACAUAAACUCCAUGUGACACUCCGUCUGGAGGCAGAUGACGGGCACGCCCGCCCCGUUGUGAUGCCGCGCCGCCGAUUGUUCUUAUACGCACUCGCGUGUUGCCGCGUCGCCUCGUAAAAUAAAAUAUAUUAUUAUAUAUUGUAAUAUCAUAUGGAGACGAUACGCGGACAUCCGCAAUAAUAUUUUUUAACGCGUGGCCGCGACACGCGAACACGCCGAGGCAUCACCGCCGGGUACCGGACGUAUGCCGUCACCUUUACGCACGCGUGCGCCGAGAGAAAAUCACCAUCACCACACCGUCUCCGCCGCCGCCGUCUCGUCGUAUAUCACCACCGAUAAUAUUAUUAUUAUAUAUCGUAAUAAUGCACCCACUCGUUCGGUCGGCACACGACCAGACGAGUAACGUGUUCGACGCGCAAUGACCUAUUAUUAUGUACUACGGCAUCGCGCGAUUAUUAUAAUAUAUUUUAUAAUUAUUAUUAUUAUUAUUAUUAUUAUUUAUAUAAUAUAUUACCUAUAUGCGUUUUAUUAUUAUUAUAUCUUUUUUUUUUCGUUUGUUUUUAUUGUUUUUAUUAUUAUUAUUAUUAUUAUUAUUAUUAUUUUUAAUUUUAAUAUCCCAAAAAUUAGGCCCCAAGUGCGUUUUAGUCUACACGUCACUUAUAUAGACGACCGGGAGAGUUGCAAUAAAUUACGAUUUUAUACCGUAAAAAAAAACAUUUUUUUUUUCUCGGGUUACGCGUGAUGAAAAAUUCCAUCGGUUGUACAUUGAAUAGUUUUAAUUUUUUUUUAUUACGACUACCUAUUAUUUUUAUUAUAUCAACUGUAUAGUCAAACUCGCGACUGUAAAUACCUAUUUAUAAUAUUAUAUAAAUGAUAUACACACAUAUACAUUGUACAAAUAGCAUGUACAAAUGCUUAUGGGCUUAUGGACAUACAUAUCGAACCAACAAAAAAAAAUUUACAUAUAUAUAUAUAUAUAUAUUAUACACAAUUGAAACAAAAAAAAAUACAACGCCCCGUGAGAAUAAUAAUAAUAAUAAUAAUAAUAAACGUUUUUGAGUCAUAGUACGAUAAUAUUAUAUUAUUAUUUAGGUUAUUGUUUUUUUUUGUUUUCUUUGCAGACUUUUUUCUUUUUUUUUUUUCUUGUUUAUACUAUGACAUUAUUAUUACGCAUUUAUGUAUAAUAUUUAUUAUUAAAUUAUAUUAACACGUUUGAAACCAUACCUUAUUACCUGUAUUACCUAAACUAAACACGCCAUUUCUCUUUUAUUUAAUCUGUACAUAAUAUAUAAUACGACACUGCGUAUUUACGAAUAUAUUAUAAUACGCAUAUUAAAAACUGCAGACACACGCCGUAAAAACAUAGAUGAUAAUAAUGUAAGUUUCAUCGCUGCACACGAGUAUGCGGUGUUCUACUAUAUAUCUUCUAAAAUACAAUAUACGUACAUUUACUCUUAUUUAUUUUCAACGUUUUCCAAUGUCCGAUUGUCUAAGUGGCAUGUCUAGUUGAAUUUAUCAAGGCGGUGGCUAUAUAGUUACGCCCCGUCAAGAUCAUAAUUAUAUUAUAAUAAUAAUUUUAAAGUUUGUUUUAUCUAUAUAGGUAUAUAUAUAUAUAUAUAUGUAUGGCUUUUCAAUGAUUGGUUUUAUUUUUGUUUUUUAUGUUACCAUUAAACAUAUAGGGUAUACCUAUACGUAUAUAAAUAAUAUGCAACAACAUACUUGUAUCCGCCCAUUUAAUUGUAAUAUUAUUAUGAUGUCGCGAAAUGCGAAAAGAAAAAAAAAUUAUAUCACUCGAUUACAGCAAUAUUAUGACGGAAUCAGAUACACAUAAUGACAUCAGUGUAAGGGAUGAUGACUAUAAAAGGACGGCCGCAACCCCUUCCCCAAUCCCACCUGUCAACCAAAUAUUAUUAUAAUAUAAUCGCACCAAUUCAUUAUAUAUGUAUACAGAUGCUGUACAACGUAAAUAAUAUGAUAUUAUAAAUCAACAUAAUACAAACGUGACAAAAUCGGUUGCGUAUAGCCGUAUAGAACAUCUCGUCGUCGUCAAAAUCACGUACAAAUCGAUUUUUAAUUUUUUAAAUCAAUUAACAGAAUUCCGAGUACAAAUUCUUUCGUUUCGAGUCAUUCUUAAUACCUGAAUCACACUAUGUAUUAAUAUGUGUAUGUGAAUUAAAAUAGGUAGUUAAUAAAUGGGUAUACAGAUGAGCUAUUAUUUUAUACGUGUUAUUUCUUACCGUAAUGAUAUUAUGAUUCUGGUUGUAUUCUAAUCACUAUAGAUUAAUCGUAUAUCAUAGACUAGAUAGUGUUACAUUUUUCCCGUUAUAAAAAUCUGUCUGUAUGAAACUAUAUUAUAAUAGAUACAAUUAUAAUUUGUAGAAAAAUUAUAUUCCUAAUGAUUACUACUGUAUUAUAGGUAUGGGAGAUGUUGACCAAACCGCAUUUCAAUCUUAGCGCAUAUUCUAUAACACAAUUAUGUAGGUAUAAUAGAAAUAUUAAAAAGUGUGUAAAUUGUGUAAAUAUAAUAUCUAGUUAUGAAUUUACGAUGAAUUUUUUUUAUUAUUAUUAUUAUUCUAUGUAUAUAUAUAUAUAAUAUAUAAAAUGUUAAAUUUGGCAUACAAUUUCGUAGUCUGUACUUGUUUUACAACUCGGCCAAUAGUUAUUUUGCGUUAAACGCGAAUCCCAUAAUAGAUAGUAUAUAAUAAUCUGGUCGUAUGUAAUAAUAAUAAUAAUAAUAUAUUGUAAUAUUAUAUACAUUAUGUUUAUGUACAAUUUAUAUAAAAUUAAUUUGCAAAAUGUUAUGAUUUAUUAUGUAUAUUGAUAUAAUAUGAUGAUAAUAAUAAUAAUAUAUUAUAUAAUUGUAA